ACACUCACAGUCACAUAACCACCACCACCACCACGAUCCACCUGUCUCGUCGGUGCACGCGUGGCAUUCAUUCAUCACCCAUCUGCCUGCCUACCUGCCUACCUACCUGCUUGCUUUGAUCUACUUACCUACCGUUGUUGGAACGCGCGAGCCAUCUCCGUCCGUCUCUCCAUUCAGAGCAGCUUGACGCUUCUCGGCUAGCCAAGCUCCCUCCUCACGCCCCCCAGCAACAACCCGCCGCCGCCGCCCCCGUACAGUGCAGCGCAGUACCUUUCGCUCCCAGCACUCCACUCCACUCCGACCGUCUCUCUCUUCUUCACACCUCAGCCCUCCCUCCCCCAUUGUCCAACGCCGCUGAACGCGCGAGCAAUUGCUACUCCUGCGACGUGCGCGACUGUCUAGCCGCUGUCUGCUGCCCUCUUCCCGCCCAUCCCUGACCCCGGUGCGCGUCUCCGUUCCUGCUCUUCGCUACUCCUGCUUGCUUGUGCUGCUGCUGCGAGGCCCCUGGAUCUCCUCCUCGUCUCCACCCACCACCCCCAACUCCUCCACUGCGCCGACGCACCCUCCCGUCUUCACCUCUACCUCUCAACAUCGUAGCAUGGCCGACAUGAGUGCCGAAGGUAUCCAGCAGAGAAUUCAAGUCGCCCGUCGCGACGCCGAAGCCCUCAAGGACAGGAUAAAGCGGAAGAAGGAUGAGCUUGCUGACACAACCCUCCGCGAUGUCGCCAAACAGAGGGUCGAGGCUCUGCCGCGCCUGUCCAUGAAGACCAAGCGCACCCUCAAGGGCCAUCUCGCAAAGAUCUACGCCAUGCACUGGUCCACCGACCGACGACACCUUGUCUCCGCCUCCCAGGACGGCAAGCUCAUCAUCUGGGAUGCAUACACCACCAACAAGGUCCACGCCAUCCCUCUUCGUUCGUCAUGGGUCAUGACCUGCGCCUACUCGCCAUCCGGCAACUACGUGGCGUGCGGUGGCUUGGACAACAUUUGCUCCAUUUACAACUUGUCCGCCCGAGAAGGCCCUACCCGCGUCGCCCGAGAGCUGUCUGGUCACUCUGGCUACCUCAGUUGCUGCCGCUUUAUAAGCGACAAGCGUAUUCUUACCUCCUCCGGUGACAUGACCUGCGUGCUCUGGGAUUUGGAGACCGGUUCCAAGGUACACGAGUUCGCCGACCACCUGGGUGACGUGAUGAGCUUGAGCAUCAACCCGCUUGACCACAACCAAUUCGUUUCGGGUGCUUGCGAUGCUUUUGCCAAACUUUGGGAUAUUCGUCAGCAGAAGUGUGUGCAGACUUUUGCCGCCCACGACUCCGACAUCAAUGCUAUUCAAUUUUUCCCCAACGGCAACGCCUUCGGAACCGGGUCCGAUGACGCGUCUUGCCGUCUGUUCGAUAUCCGUGCUGAUCGUGAACUACAGGCAUACACUAUUCCCGAGCCUGUCUGCGGUAUUACAUCGGUUGCCUUCUCGGUUUCUGGUCGCUUGCUGUUCGCCGGUUACGAUGACUUCGAGUGCAAAGUGUGGGAUGUCCUCCGAGGAGAGCGUGUUGGUACCUUACAAGGACACGACAACCGAGUCAGCUGUCUCGGCGUGAGCAACGAUGCGCUCAGUCUGUGCACAGGUUCUUGGGAUUCCAUGUUGCGCAUCUGGGCAUAAACGCUGCCAUUUUUAAAGAUACCAUACAUCCUCUAACCCUGUGUCAUAAUACAAUCGCGAAUGACGGCGGAUGCGCACCAUAAUUCAUUCUCGACCCACGACAAAAUCCUUGUACGCUUUCCUGCACCAUACCCUCUCAAAAGCUCCAGCGGCCCCCCCUAGGCAUGCCUGGGUGUCUCGAAUAAUACUACCAUUUUCUUGGAAAAGGAUACGAACAUCGUGUCAUGAGAUAAGCACGAGGCGCUUGGGUUCUUUUUUAUGUCUUUUUUAUUUUCUCUUCCCAUACCAUUGUGCUGCCCUUUUCUCAAUUCCCUUCUUCUUUUUUUGGACAAUGCGGACUACCUCCGUAAACUUGUUUUCGCGUUGGGCAGGCUGUUUCUACGUACAUGAAUAGCACCUGCUAUCGACCCCAUUUCUCUCCACCGUCGACCAACUUCUUUGCAAUCGUGUCACCGCCGUCACCAUCACCCCUCUCACCGCCUACCGUUUUUUGGCUCAACCUGAUCAACACAUCCACGGAUCUCCAGUUGGGGCCAGCCACGCAUGAUUGGGGUUGUUGUGUGGGGGCUUCCAGUUCUUUUUCAUUUCCUUUGUUUGAUUCCUGCCGAGAGUGUCGAGGGACUGUGGAGCUUGGAACGGUGGGGAAACAGCAGCCUGGUGGAGGUGGAGGUGAAGAGCCCUUUUUGGAUGGGUUGGUAUGCAAAACUUGUGAGUGCAACCAGAU